GUGACCGACUGCAGAGGCCGCGCCGCCUCCACGCCCGAGGCCCGCGCGCUCCGCCGCAGGGUGCAGACCCCCGGCGCCCGCGGGGCCUGGGGCGCGAGGGCAGAGGCGGAGCCGGGGCGGAGCCAGAGCGCCCCGUCCACGCCGUCACCCCCAGCAAUCGAAAGCGAAAGAGGGGGCCGAGGAGGAAGGGCGGAGCCGCCCGGAGGCCCCGCCCCCUGCCCUGCGCGGCUGCUGGACCCGGGGCGCGCCCAGGUAGGGGGGCUCCGAGCGCGCAGUGCGGCCCCUCGCGGAACCCGCGCCGCCGCCGCCGCCACCAUGUCUCAAGAAGGUGUGGAGCUGGAGAAAAGCGUCCGGCGCCUCCGGGAGAAGUUUCAUGGGAAGGUAUCCUCCAAGAAGGCGGGGACUCUGAUGAGGAAAUUUGGCAGCGACCACACCGGAGUGGGGCGCUCCAUCGUGUACGGGGUAAAGCAGAAAGAUGGACAGGAACUGAGUAAUGACCUGGAUGCCCAGGACCCACCGGAGGACAUGAAGCAGGACCAGGACAUCCAGGCCGUGGCGACGUCCCUCCUGCCACUGACAGAAGCCAACCUCCGCAUGUUCCAACGUGCCCAAGAAGACCUCAUUCCCGCCGUCGAUCGGCAGUUUGCCUGCUCCUCCUGUGACCACGUCUGGUGGCGGCGCGUGCCCCAGCGCAAGGAGGUGUCCCGGUGCAGGAAAUGCCGAAAGCGCUAUGAGCCGGUGCCAUGCGACAAGAUGUGGGGUGUGGCUGAGUUCCACUGCCCGAAGUGUCGGCACAACUUCCGGGGCUGGGCACAGAUGGGAUCCUCAUCCCCCUGCUAUGGGUGCGGCUUCCCUGUGUAUCCAACACGGAUCCUCCCUCCGCGCUGGGACCGGGACACCGACCGCCGCAGCACCCACACCCACUCCUGCUCGGCUGCCGAUUGCUACAACCGGCGAGAGCCCCAUGUGCCUGGGACUUCCUGCGCACACCCCAAGAGCCGGAAGCAGAACCACCUGCCUACGGUCCUGCACCCCAGCAACCCCCACAUCAGCAGUGGCUCCACUGUGGCCACCUGCCUGAGCCAGGGGAGCCUCCUGGAAGACCUGGACAACCUCAUCCUGGAGGACCUAAAGGAGGAGGAGGAAGAGGAGGAAGAGGGCGGGCACGGGGAGUGACCCCUGACAUGCAAACUAGACACACUCUGUGGAGAUUCUGUGUUGUUAUAAAAUAUGAGCUCAAACUGA